UUUGUGUCUUUGAUUUAAAAAAAACAAACCAACAAUAACAACCCUCAAGCCAACAACCCUCUCUGAUUUAGAGCAGCGUCUGGUGACUACGUUGAAGUAGAACUAACUAUACGAAGUAAAUGUGUUGUUUUAUUUUACAAGCAACAAAAUUGUAUAAUUAACCCACGGAUCGUUUUGAAAUCCAACAGUACAUUUCGCUCUGAAAUAAUGAAAUGUAUGUUUUAAAAAAAAAAAAUCAACCUCCCCCAAAUGUUCGAAUUUGUGAUUCUGACUAUUCAUUCCGACACUAUGCAGCAGAUCGCUCGCUCGCACCUUUAUCCUUAAAUUGUGUGGCGCUAUUGUAACGCGAGUAAGCAACAGGUGAGACGGCAACUUUCCGCAGACAGUACAAUUAGGAAGUGAAAAAAAGUGAGGAGGACGCUUUCCUCAUUCACAUCAUGUUUGGAUUUACAAUAGAACGCGGGUUAAAAGAGAAGGGCAUGGACACAUCACGAACUUAUUUCAGUGUUUACCGUGUAUUUCUUGAAAACGAUAAAUCAGAAACACGUCGCUGCUAUGCCGUCGGGAGAAAGGCACGGGUGUGCAAACAUCCUACACGUUGACAGGUCAGUGAAGCAUUACGCGUACGGCUGUCAGGACGUAACUUAUCCAACUUUCUUCCUUUACGGGGGGGAGAAAAAAACAACAACUUGUCUUUGCGGGUAUUGGCACCGCGUUGCUUAUUUUCUCGAGUUAAAAUAAUAGUGGAGUGGUGUUGUAAAGUGUUCAUGCGCGGAGAUGCUCUUAAAAUUGUUGAGCGUGAGUUUUUGGAGUUGUGAUGUACGCAAAGGAGGGGCGCAGCGUGCCAAAGUGAGCCAACGCCGCGGGAUGAAACGGCACCAAAGAUGUCAACCUUGCUUUGCCACCCACACGAAAUCGAUUGUAUUACCCCCAAGAAGCCGGCUGCUCCACAUAUAAAUAGAGACGGGAGAAUAUUGCUCCAAAGACGGUGUUGAACAAGGAGAGCUCGCUGCGACCAGGACCAAGAUUUAAACCAUUUGAGGAAGUCAGCUGUGUCCACUCGACAAUAUCAUGCAGGUGGAGAGGAAAUGGCACAUACUCCUGACUUUCCUCCUUCUGCUCAUCACCUCCGGCCAAUGUGUGGACAACAAGGAGGUCAAGCAGAAGGCGAGAGGAACCCUGUUGGAUUUAAUCGUACAGGUGAUCAAAGACAGCCAGCAAUGGGACAAACACAUUUCCAGACGCUGCAGUGGGGGACUCUUCACGUCUCUUCAAGACCUGAAGUUGUCCUCCCGUGAAAAGCCUAUGUACAUUCCUCGGCUGGAUAACAGUAAACUCAUAGAAAUUGCUCCUCGAGAUCUAAACAUGAAACACAAGUUCAUUCAGCACUUCACAGCAGGACCAGUCAAGUUUUCAUCGGAAUGCAGAACACACUUUGACAGACUUUAUCACAACACAAGAGAUUGCUCAAGACCAGCAUAUUAUAAGAGAUGUGCCAGAUUGCUGACACGAUUAGCAAUGAGUCCACUCUGCACACAAUCAUAGAGAUCUUAUGUCCCAUUACGAUGGAGGAACGUUUCUCUAAGGAAGUGCCUUCCAAAAAAAAAAAAAAUUAUAUAUCUUAACACAAACAUUGUUGCAUUCAAUAAUGUUUUAUUUUGUUACUCUUCUUGACAUAAAUGCUCUUGGACAGUUUAAUUAUUUUCACAUGGAUUUAUCCUCAGUAUUUCAUAUAGCACAUUGACUGUAAUGUUACUUGUAAUGUGUGGUAUUAAUUUAAUGUUUUAAUGUUAGGAAAAUGUGUGCAGUCUAUACUAUUUCCACCAGCGUUGGAUUGUUUUGCUUUUGAUGAUGAAGGGAAAGGUUUUCCCUUCCUGUUUAUGAUUGAAGUCUUCUAUUGUUAUGAAACCAUAAGCCUGCCUUGCAUUGGACCAUUUGUCGUGGUCUUGUCUUCAUCACCUUUUAUUUGGCACUUGAGUGAUUGCUCACUACGAGAACACGCAGAAUGACAACAGAAUUGAUGAUGGUGCACUAUUGAACAAUAAAGACUAUUGAAGCAGA